CCCUCGAGGGCGGCAGAGGGCGAGGCCCCCGGUCGGGAAGGCGCCUUCUCCUCUGGGCAGGGGGGCAAGGGCCAAGCCCCCCCUCUCUAUUGGUGGCUCCAUUUGGGUGGGCCUGAGGGGGCACCAGAGGAGGGGGCAGCCCCCCACCCAGAGAGGAAGCCCCCCCCCCACACACACCCAUACCCACCCCCCAAAGAGCUUUGGCCCUGGCUGGGGGGGGGUCUUCAGUGCUGCCCAGGCGAAGAAGCCACAGCAGGGGCUGCUGCACUCGCCCCUCCUGUGUCAACACACCCACACGCGUGUGCACACAUCCACACACAUACAUACACACGCACACCUGGACAGUGGCUCCGUGGAGGAGAUGCUCUGCCGGGCCCCUUAGGUAGCAAGGGGUGCCGGAGCGUGGCCCACCCUGCCUGGCUGCCAUGGAGCUGGGCUCCUGCUUCAAGAACUACGACGACUUCCGCGAAUGCUUCAGCACCUACAAGAAAGAGAACCGGCUGCAGUACGGCUUGAAGAGCUGCCUCUCCGUCCGGUUUUACAACCGCAAGAACGGGACGCACAUCCGUGAGGACGUCACGUUCAUGCAGGUGAAAUUUGGCUGUGUCCGGUCAAGAGAAUACAGCAAGAAGAGGAAGCAACAGCCCAAUUUGUGCCCGGCGUAUUUUGUCCUGCAAUAUAAUGAAGAACUGGACCGAUUGGUGAUUAGUGAGCUGAACAGCAACCACAUCCAUGCGGAGUCCAAAGCUUCCUUGGGUGGCUCUGAUCCUCCACCUGUGGCCAGGGGACAAACGAAUAAAGCUGGCUCUGAAGCCUGUGGUAGCCCUCCCUCCAAGUUGCGCAAGGAGCGGUCUGCUGGGGGUGAGUCUUUCGAAAUGGAGAACGAUGCGAGUGUGAAGGUCGAACUGGACAGUAGCAUAAGUGUGAAGGUUGAAAUGGAUUCGGAGGAGGCUUCGCUUCCACCUGAUCCUCCUUCCCCUCAGAAGGAGCCAGAAAUCUCUCUGACAGAGAAGGACAACUCCCAUUCUGCUUUGGUCCGAGUUGCUGAAGUGAUGAAGAACUUCCUUCGAGUAGACGUAGGCUCCCUGGCUUCCAUCAGUGUGGGCAGCGACCAGGACCUGGAGAGACUAAACUUACAAACCAGUAAGAUGAAGAGCUUGUUUGUCAAGUUUCCUGAGAGCCUCUUGCUGCACCGGGUGCAGAGUGAGAGGGGCCACAUGCUGUACGCUUUCCUCGUGGAGAGCAAGGACCGUGUGGGGAAGCUGGUUCACUUUGCUAUCCUGAAGGAGGACACUCAGGAGAAUGCACGGAAAAUGCUCUCUGUCUUCAAGGAGUUCAACCCUGAGUGGCAGAAGGUCAAGGUGGUCUUUGUGGACAUGUCCUUUCUCCACCGGGAUAUUCUCCAGGAGCUUUUCCCCUCAGUGCAGGUACUUUUGUCUGUCUACCACACGGUGCGGCUCCUGGAGAAGAAGCUGAAGGAGUCUCAUGCCUCUUUCUCCUUCAAACAUAGCUUAAAGUUGGCUUUGAGGGAAGCUGUCUUUUCCACCUCCAGCACAAAUCUGGACAUGCUGUCUCAGCUGGUGAAGCACUUGGUAGACCAAGACUUGUACGAGUACCUUCAGAUGAACUGGUUCUCCUGCGAGAUGUUGUGGUACAUGCACGCUAAGAAAGGUCUCCAUUCCUGCAGCACCUACAUAGACAGCUUGGACCUUAUCACUCAGAAACUCUCCAACUUCUUCAGCACCCAGCUGUCCCUGGAGAUGAGCAUCAUUCGCUUCGUGGAAUGUGCAGACUGCUUCAACACCAAAGGCCUAGAGAACUUGAACCAGGGCUUCUCCAGCUUGGAGGAGGGCAGCCGCAGCGGCCUCAUGGAGGAGCUAAAAACACAGACCCGUGCCUCUGUGAAGCGCAGCUCCAGCAUCACCUCCCAACAGCCCCCAGUCAGAAAUGCCACGGAGCCCCCCAAGCCGUUCACGAAGCACAGUCCAGCCAGACCUGUGGCCGCCAUGCUGGCAGCUCUGCGGGAGACCUGCACUGACCUAGCUUACCAGUUGUGUCUGAAUGAGUGGGAUGUGGUGCAGAAGUCUAUCCAGCUCCUGAGUUCUUCCAAGAACAAGACCACAGUUCAGCUGCUGGAGGACACGCAUCAGAUCAGCAAAGACGGCAAGAGCUGCAGCUGCUACUUCUACUGCCGCUACCAGUUGCCUUGCCGGCAUGUCUUGUCCAUGCUUCUGGCUAACCGUCAAGUGGUAGAAGAAGCCAUGGUUGGCAAGCGUUGGCAGAAGAAAUACCAACACCUUUCAGUCCUGGGGGAGAACUUACUUGAAGGUCCUGGCCACUGCAUGGGCACCCAGGGUGCUCUGGUGGCAGCAACGUCAGAGGAGCGGUGGGACAAAAUUCAGUCUCUCAGCAAGGAACUUGGCAAUCUUUUGCUGCAGAGCGAGGGGGAGGAACUGGAGGAGCGCACCUCCACCCUCAAGAUGAUUGUGAACAUCUGGACUAAGUGUUAUGAACUGCAGGAGGAAGAGGAGGGGGCGGGGGGGAAGCCCCUUAACAUCCGGAACGUGGGAGACCUCCCCUUCCUCUGGAUGAAGAAGGAAGAGAUGGCAGAAGUGGAAGCUACUUCAGGAACUCCGGACCCAGCUGUGGAAGACAACCAGGCUCCUCUGGUUUGAAUUCCCCCUGAGCGGUCGAGUUUGGAGUCAUGACAGCAGCUCACGCCAGCUGUGGCUCUGGCCAUGCUCCAAGCCCACAAUGGUUCUUCCCAACUCAUGAAACUCAGGGUUGCUGUUUAGUUUCUCAGCAAUAAAAUGGACGGUUCCCCUGCCCCCCGGUCAGUAUCUGCUCUUUAGGAAGACUUGCAAGCGGGUGGAGGGCAGCAUGGGUUCUUCCUGCUCUGUGUAUACAGAGGGCUGCGCUGCCUGAGACAAUGACACACCCACACACUCAAGCCAGGCCACUAACAUGGGCAGGGCAUGAGGGCCUUCAGGCCCUGAGGUGUGCAGCCGCAGGCUUGACAAUCAGGAAAACUGUACUUCAUUUUGAGGGAUGUAUCCACGGGAUCAUCUUUUCUGGGAUUUUAGUUUCCGUAUGUUUCUUGCCAAACCUUGUCUGUUGCUCUUGAUUCAAAUGUAUGAUUUCUCCGAUUGCCCCUGUAUUUUUCUUCAAUGUAGGUGAUUUUAAGCAAACCCACCUGGAAGGCUUGUGCUCUGUCCCUUCAUUUGGGGAGAAUCUCUGGGCCUGAUGCAUGCAAGCAGCACCGUCCGCGGAUCUUGUCCCAGUUGUAUUUCUACCAUAAUGCUCUUGGGGUGGGGGCUGGGCUCCCACGUCAAACAGCAAACCCUUUUGGGGGGGGGGGCAGAAGGUGGGAUGUUGGUGCUUUGUAGCCUCUGCUAGCAGGGGCUGGUUUUGCUGCCAUGUACUUAGACCAAAUUAAUUGUUGAAAACACAAA